CACCGGGAGACGUGGAAUGUAAUAAUCCCCACUGCGGAACCAAGUACGCUUCUGCUUGGCGUACCAAUCCGGAAGGUGGCUGGCUGUGUAAUGCGUGUGGUAUCUUCAUUAGAACAAAAGGUUUCCAUAGACCUCCGGAGGUGAUUAACCGCGUAUACAAGACCGCGAUAACCACGCAAAUAGCUCCCAAAAAGGAUAGCCUUCGUAAGCGCAAAAAUCCCGAAACCAACGUCGCCGUGAACGCGCGAAGCAAGGACGAACCCUUACCAUGGAGUCGUAAAGAAUAUCUGAAGUGCGGGUUGUAUUCAAUGGACCUUAAGGUUAACAAAUCUACGAAAAGGAAUUCAAAGGAAACAGUAAAAGAGGUAUCAUCAGAAGUUUUUCCGCUUCCCGUUCAAUAUGGUCAAUUCCUUAUGACGGAAAGAAGGGAUUUUCGUUUGCCUUGGGACAUAAUGACUGCCCAUAAAUUAGGAUUGUUACAACGAGAAUACAAAAAAAUUCAAACGAACAUAUACAUAGAUCGUAAGCGUAAAAAUGAAAAACCUGUUAUAUGCGACUGCAAACCGCCCAGUGAUGGCGGACCCGGUUGUACUGAAGACU